UUAUACUGCAGUGCCCAGCGCAUCAACAGACACUCUUGCGCACCCCAUGAGUGCAAUACCGCUAUAAUUACUCACUUUUGCUUCUCAGACUCUGUUUCCAUCGUAAUCGAACAGGAUGGAUCCUAACUCUCUUUCUUCGUCGCAGAGACAAGCUUUGGACCAACUGCAAGUCAUCACUAAUGGUGGUGACGCCGAGGUAGCCAUUAGCGUCCUGGAUAGUGUGAGCUGGGAUGUCCAGGUGAGUGCGACAGCUUCUUUUCUAGAUAUAAUCUUUGACCAGAACCCUUCCGCUCCUUUAUCUAUUUCUCGACCAUCUGAGACGACUACUACACAUGUAGAGAAUUUUGACAUAGACGACUCCGAACAGGGUCUAUUGGGCAAUGAGCCUGGUGCACGAGGGUUUAGACGAACUAAUCUAUACCCAUCCUCACCACUGCUUAUCGUUGCUCGGCCAUUACGAUUCAUACUCGCAAUCCUUGCUUUCCCAUUCCAUAUUCUCCGGACACUGUUCCGCUUACUCAGAAUUCCACUACCUCAAUUGCCCCUCACCCUCUCCGGCUUGACUCUCUAUUAUCGUGCGCCGUCAGCACCACGGCCCGAACUCAAGACUGACCCUCGAAGUGCAGCAGAGCGCUGGGUUCGUUCAUUGGAGGAGGAGACUGGCGCCAUUUGUCUCUCUAGAGUUCGCUCUCGCAGUGGCGACGGUGCUUCGACUGGAGUUGGUCCGAGUUCCUCUAGCUUGACUUCUCGUCCUGCGAAGCAAGGAGAAGCCGCUGCGGACGACUGUGACGGUAUCCUCCCUGAUUUCUUCGUUGGAAGCUAUGAAGAGUUUGCCAGAACCUGUGCAAAGGAGACAGAUGCACGCAUUGGUUGUGUUAUUCUUGUCAGCGAAGAACAUGAUGACGUUCCCGAAUUCAAGAGGAGUACUUUGACUGACCCUACCUUCGUACGUCUUAUGCAAGAUAAUAACUUCUUGGUCUGGGGUGGCGACAUUCGGGACCGAGAUGCCUGGAGUGCUUCACAGAAACUUCAAGCCACUACUUACCCCUUCGUGGCGUUUGUUGCCCUCCAACCACGGCGCAGUCCUUCAUCACGAGCUGGAACUACUCAGGCUACUUUGACUAUACUUUCUCGCCAUCAAGGACCUUCUAUUCCUGCUGCUAGCGCACCGACGUCUGCGAAGACCCUCGUCUCGCAUCUCAACGAUCAACUUCUUCCUCGUGUUCAGCCUUUCCUCACUCGUAUCAGGGCUCAAGCGGUCGAACGGGAAAAUCUCAAGGCUCUCGAGUCGGCCCAGCGGGAACACGAAAGAGCUAUCCGAGCUGAGCAGGAUCGGGCGUUCGCGGAGAGUCAGAGGAAGGACAAGGAUCGUAUAGAGGCUCGGAUAGCUGAAGACCGCCGAGUUGCUGAAGAGGCGAGGAGGAGAGAAGAAGCUGAGAGAAUUGAAAGGGAGGAAGCCGAAAGACUCCAGAAAGAGAAAGAACAGUGGGAGACGAAGAGGAUGAUUUGGAGAAGAUGGGGUCGCCGUACCCUUCUUCCACGAGAACCUCGACCAACUCUCGCUGAGCCUGCCAGGGGCAAGACUAUUCGUAUUGGUGUGAGGAUGCCCGAUGGCAGACGUGGGGUCAGGUUCUUCGGUGAAGGCGAUUCUCUCACUGCUGUCUACGCGUUUGUGGAUACGCUCUUUAUUCCAGACGGUAAGGAAUUCUCUUCGGACUCUGACCCGGCUGUCCCACCGGAGGGUGCUCCGUCUGGUGAGGAGGGCUUGGUGAAGGCGAUGUAUGAUGCUGGAAGAGUGGGUGAAGAUUGGUGGGGUUUCAAGCUUGUUCUUUCGUAUCCCCGACGCGACAUUAUCUGGGAAACCGGCAAGCGAAUCGCUGAUGUUGAGGGCUUAAAGGCUGGUGGCCAGCUCGUUAUUGAGAUGGUUGACGUCGGUGCUAAGGCUAAGGCCAAGGGGAAGGCUAAGGAUAUUGGGGAAUCUAAAGCUGGUCAACAAGACGAGGACGACGGAUAUGUGACAGAAGAAAGCGACUGAGGCAUCGGCCUUGUACGUCUUCGCCAUGACUUGUCAGCGGGGGGUGGCUAGCUUAGAAAAGUUUAAUCGGGUGUAAUAGUCGUUCUGGCGCUAUGUCGUUGUACAUACUUCCUGAUUCCUUCCUUAUAUUCGACUCACCUUUCAUGACUAGUCAUAGUUCACCAUUUACAUGCAUAUUGACUUCGCAUAGAUUUCUCUGGUUUCAUUCGUCAAUGCAUUACACUCCAUUUCCAUAGUCGCGUCUCCUUAUGCAAAUCACAAAUACCCAAAUCAAUGAGGUGGUCACGAUGCUGAAGCUACGUCUCUACGUACAUAUAUAUGGUAUUUGAAUUUAGUCGAGUCUCAAAACCUGGCGUCAGAAUUAGGAUGAGU